AUGGCGCCUUACGAGGCAUUGUAUGGUAGAAGAUGUAGGACACCUCUAUGUUGGGUAGAUUCCAGUGAGAGCAUUGCCUUAAGACCUAAGGUAGUUCAGCAGACCAUUGAAAAGGUCAAGUUGAUCCAAGAAAGGAUGAGAGCAGCCCAAAGUAGGCAGAAGAGCUACUAUGAUAAGAGAAGAAUGGAUCUUGAAUUUGCUAUAGGUGAUCAUGUAUUUCUGAGAGUUACUCCGUGGACUAGGCGUGUCGGCCCAGUUGCGUAUCAGGUGGCUUUGCCACCAUCUCUCUCAAAUCUCCACAGUGUCUUCCAUAUCUCUCAGCUCAGCAAAUAUGUCCAUGAUCCGUCGCACAUGAUCGAGUUGGACAAUGUCCAAGUGAAAGAGAACUUGACCUAUGAAACACAACCCCUGAGGAUCGACGAUCGUAUGGUUAAGCAGCUAAGGGGGAAAGAGAUUCCCUUGGUCAAAGUAGUAUGGGGAAGUGCUUCAGGCGAGGAUGCCACCUGGGAACUAGAGGGUCAGAUGCGUGAUGCAUAUCCUACCUUAUUCGAUACCGGUGUGAAUAAUGUGUGCGAUGUUGUGAAGUAA